CGCAGCCCCUACUGCGCAUGUUGCAUGACAGGUGCCGAGCCUCCAUCUUGGCGCCGCUGGAGCAGAGGCGAUAACAUCAACAACAGCCGCCGCAGACAUGACGCCUCGCUGCCGCGACGUGACGGCGCUCUAAGCGGCCCACGGAAGAAAGCUUCGACGCGGCGUGGACGGAGGCAAGGCGGGAAGGAAGGAAGGAGGAUGGCAAGGUCCGGAAGGUGCCGUUAACGACGAGCAGCACGGCUAGCUUUCACCGGAGGGGGAGUUUCUACCGCGUCUGACAGGCUCCACUCGCUCCAGGAUGGGCAUCAAGCAGCUGUUCUUCUUCCUGGUGCUCCUCGGUCUCUGUCUCCAGGGAGCAUCUGCCAAAGAAAAGGGAACCAAGAAGGGGAAAAAGAAGGGGCAGCAGGUUUAUUGCCCAUCGCAGCUGUCAUCUGAGGAUCUGGCCCGAGUCCCUGCCAAUUCCACCAGUAACAUCUUGAACAGGUUACUGAUUACCUACGAUCCCAGAAUACGACCCAACUUCAAAGGAAUACCAGUGGAAGACCGAGUGAACAUUUUCAUCAACAGCUUUGGCUCCAUCCAAGAGACCACGAUGGACUACAGAGUCAACAUCUUCCUGCGACAGCGCUGGAACGACCCCAGGCUCAAGCUGCCCACGGACUUCAAGUCCGACUCGCUCACCGUCGACCCCAAGAUGUUCGGCUGCCUCUGGAAGCCCGACCUGUUCUUCGCCAACGAGAAGAGCGCAAAUUUCCACGACGUCACGCAGGAGAACAUCCUCCUCUUCAUCUUCCGGAACGGCGACGUGCUCAUCAGUAUGAGGUUGUCCGUCACCCUGUCUUGUCCUCUGGACCUGACAUUGUUCCCCAUGGACACCCAGAGGUGCAAAAUGCAACUUGAAAGCUUCGGCUACACCACGGACGACCUGCAGUUCAUGUGGCAAACAGGAGACCCCGUACAGAUGGACGCCAUCGCUCUACCCCAGUUUGACAUCAGACAAGAAGACAUCGACUACGGCAACUGCACCAAAUUCUACUCUGGAACUGGCUACUACACUUGCGUGGAGGUUAUCUUCACCCUGAGGCGACAGGUGGGCUUCUACAUGAUGGGCGUCUACGCGCCCACGCUACUCAUCGUGGUCCUCUCCUGGCUCUCCUUCUGGAUCAACCCUGACGCCAGCGCUGCCAGGGUCCCUCUGGGCAUCCUGUCCGUGCUCUCGCUGUCCUCCGAGUGCACCUCGCUGGCAUCGGAGCUGCCCAAGGUCUCCUACGUGAAGGCCAUCGACAUCUGGCUCAUCGCCUGCCUGCUGUUUGGCUUCGCCUCUCUGGUAGAGUACGCCGUGGUCCAAGUUAUGCUCAACAGCCCCAAGCGCAUCGAGGCGGAGAAGGCCAAGAUAGCUGCCAAGGAGAAGGCCAUGGGAAAGAGUUCCGCCGGCGCCGUCGUUACCACCACCUCCACCGCCACCAUCAACACCACCACCAGGAACAACACGGUCAACGGGACCGGGGGGACGCCGCUCCACGUCAGCACCUUGCAUGUGGCCGAGACCCGCUGCAAGAAGGUGUGCACCUCCAAGUCGGACCUGCGCACCAACGACUUCAGCAUCGUGGGCUCCCUCCCGCGGGACUUUGAGCUGUCGAACUUUGACUGCUACGGCAAGCCCAUCGAGACCAGCGGUGGCGCCGGCAAGUCCCAAGCCAAGAACAACAAGAAGCCCCCUCCCCCGAAGCCCGUCAUCCCCUCGGCCGCCAAGAGGGUCGACCUGUACGCCCGGGCCCUCUUCCCCUUCACCUUCCUCUUCUUCAACGUCAUCUACUGGUCCGUUUACUUGUGAUCCUCUUCCAUCCCCACACAAAUCGGUGCUUCCUUGAAUCGAGCCCAGCGUGUUCAUCCUUCCAUCUAAAAUGAGUGCUGCAAUGAAGCUAAAGCUACUAUAUGAAUAUUUAUCUUGACAUAUUUCAUGUUAUUUAUCAUCCUUUGUGCAUUAGAUGACCAGCCAGCCUUUCUUUCCCUUAAAAUAUGGAAUUCUAUAUUGACUGCACCUGAGAUGGCGUGUGUGUCAGCAAAGCAGGAAAGACGGACUAUUUAUUUGGCAGCUUUGCAGGAUGCACAGACGUAUACAAGAGCAAAUGUAAAUAGCUAUUUAUGAUUCCACCCUUUAUUUACUUACCCGCCGCUUUGAGGAGUUGCGCAAGUGGAACCUUGGCUUUACUUUGCAUGUUUUAGCAAGGGAACGCAUGCAUGCCGAGAUAUACAAGUACACAUUAUGAACGUUGAUUUCGGGUUCUUUUGACGGUCAUGUGACAAGGCCACGCCCCCCCCCCCCCCCCCUCCCGCAGCUACGUUGGUCACACCCCCUCCACCCAACCCCGUGAGUGAGGUCGCCAGUGUGUUUGUGAGAUUUGCAAGUAAUGAUCAAUAAAAGAUGACUUUUCACCGUGUCAGCCAAACUGACACAAUCAUCGCUGUCAUGUGACCACUGGUGUCAUGUGACCAUCGCUGUCAUGUGACCAUCGCUGUCAUGUGACCAUCGCUGUCAUGUGACCAUCCACACUUGUUGAACGAGGUCCUGAUGUUGAGCAACUCAAGCAACAUGCUUUUUGACAACGUUGAACAUUGGUCAUUUCUCCACUAAUACCCUACAACACAACUAGAACGUUGAAACAACAUUCAUCCAUCCAUUUCCUACCGCUUGUCCAUUUCGACUUUUUGAAAACGUUGAAUCAAUGUCGGGUUCUGACAUUGAUUUGACCAUUGAAAUUUAGUCAUUUCCCAACCAAAAUAGUACAAGGUUGAAACAUACUUUUUGAUGUUUAAUCAAUGUCGGGUUCUGACGUCAAUUUAACCAUUGAAAUUUGGUCAUUUCCCGACCAAAUUUUGACAACACAACUACAACAUUGUAACAACGUACUUUUUGACGAUGUUUAUUUGAACAUGGAAAUUUGGUCAUUUCCCAACCAAUGUUCUACAACGUUGAAACAACAUACUUUUUGACAACGUUUAAUCAAUGUUGGAUUCUGACGUUGAUUUGACCAUUUGAAAUUUGGUAAUUUCCCAACCAAGCUGAGAUAGGCG